GGUGGGCGGGUCAGGAAGUGGGGGCGCGGCGGCCCGGGAGUGGGCCUUCAGGAGAGCCGCGGGGUUCGGCUACGCGGAGGCUGGAGACGCCGGGCGGCGCGGGAGCUCCGAGGGGAGCCCCCCCGGCCUCCGCGGGGACCAUGGCGGAGGAAGAAGGACCUGCUAUAGAACUGCGCCAAAGAAAAAAGCCAAAGUGUUCAGAAAAUAAAGAAUCUGCCAAAGAAGAGAAAAUCAAUGACACUCCAGUUCCUGAAAGAGCUCCAAAACAUAUAUUAUUUCAGCGCUUUGCAAAGAUAUUCAUUGGCUGUCUUGCAGCAGUUACUAGUGGUAUGAUGUAUGCUCUCUAUUUAUCAGCAUAUCAUGAACGGAAAUUCUGGUUUUCCAACAGGCAGGAGCUUGAACGGGAAAUCACAUUUCAGGGUGAUAGUGCCAUUUAUUACUCUUAUUAUAAAGAUAUGUUAAAGGCACCUUCAUUUGAAAGAGGUGUGUACGAACUGAUGCACAAUAACAAAACCGUAUCCCUGAAGACUAUAAAUGCAGUUCAGCAAAUGUCUCUAUAUCCAGAACUUAUGGCCAGCGUUUUAUAUCAGGCAACUGGUAGCAAUGAGAUUAUUGAGCCAGUAUAUUUCUAUAUUGGCAUUGUUUUUGGAUUGCAAGGAAUAUAUGUUAUUGCUUUAUUUGUUACAAGUUGGCUUAUGAGUGGAACUUGGCUAGCAGGAAUGCUAACAGUUGCAUGGUUCAUUAUUAACAGGGUAGAUACAACAAGAAUUGAACACUCCAUUCCUUUAAGAGAAAACUGGGCACUACCAUAUUUUGCAUGCCAAGUUGCUGCACUUACAGGCUAUUUAAAAAGCAACUUAAAUUCUUAUGGAGAGAGGUUUUGCUACUUGUUGAUGAGUGCUUCAACUUACACCUUUAUGAUGGUGUGGGAGUACAGCCACUAUCUCUUGUUUCUUCAAGCAAUAUCUCUCUUCUUGCUAGAUAGUUUUUCACUGGAGCAGAGUGACAAGGUUCAUGAAGUUUAUAAAAUCUAUAUAUUUUCUCUCUUUCUGGGAUAUUUACUGCAGUUUGAGAAUUCAGCUUUAUUGGUGUCUCCUUUAUUAAGUUUAGUAGUAGCCUUAAUGCUUGCUAAGUGCCUUCAGCUGAAUGUGAAGAAAGGAACUUUUGUGGCUAAAAUAAUGAGAGUGAUUAAUUUUUACUUGGUGUGCGCUCUGACAGUGACACUGACUGUUACAAUGAAGAUGUUUGUCCCACACAAAGAAAAUGGACAUAUGCUGAAGUUCCUUGAAGUAAAAUUUGGACUAAAUAUGACUAAGAAUUUUACAAUGAAUUGGCUCCUGUGUCAAGAAUCCCUUCAGGCACCAUCUCAAGAUUUUUUUUUGCGAUUGACACAGUCUUCUUUACUACCUUUCUAUAUUUUGGUGUUAAUUAUUUGUUUUCUUUCUAUGAUUCAAGUUAUUUUUAGGAGAAUUAAUGAUAAGUCCCUGAAAGAAACUGUUGCACUUGAAGAUGGACGAAUUGGAGAAAGGCCAGAAAUAAUUUAUCAUGUGAUUCACACUAUUUUACUGGGUUCUCUUGCAAUGAUUAUAGAAGGCUUGAAAUACCUGUGGACUCCUUAUGUGUGCAUGUUAGCAGCAUUUGGUGUAUGUUCUCCUGAACUUUGGAUGACACUUUUCAAGUGGCUUCGAUUACGAACUGUACACCCAGUGUUGUUGGCUCUUAUUUUGAGCAUGGCUGUGCCCACUAUAAUAGGUCUCAGCUUAUGGAAAGAGUUUUUUCCAAGAUUAAUGACAGAACUAAUGGAACUACAAGAAUUUUAUGACCCAGAUACGGUGGAACUUAUGACCUGGAUAAAAAGGCAAGCUCCAGUUGCAGCUGUGUUUGCAGGAAGUCCACAAUUAAUGGGUGUGAUUAAAUUAUGCACCGGAUGGAUGGUGACAAGCUUGCCUCUUUACAAUGAUGAUGAUCUUCUCAAGAGAAAUGAAAAUAUCUAUCAAAUCUAUUCAAAGCGAUCUGCUGAGGAUAUUUAUAAAAUACUGACAUCGUACAAGGCUAGUUACCUAAUAAUAGAAGAUGCUAUCUGCAAUGAAGUGGGAACCACGAGAGGCUGUCGGGUUAAAGAUUUAUUAGACAUUGCAAAUGGCCAUGUGGUUUGUGAAGAAGGUGACAAGUUGACCUACUCAAAACAUGGACGAUUUUGUCAUGAGGUCAAAAUUAACUAUUCUCCCUAUGUGAAUUAUUUCACUAGAGUAUACUGGAACAGAUCCUACUUUGUAUAUAAAAUCAACACUGUGAUAUCCUUUCAGUCUUGAAAAAUAGCAGAGCCUUCAUUUCAAAGACUUAUAUAUCACCUGAAGUAAAAUGCAAUUUUCUUAUACGUACGUGGUAUCUUUUGGAAAUCAGAGUGUGGACGUUGAAAUGUUGCUGCUGAUUUUCCCUCCUGCUAUUAACUGGAUCUAGAGUUCUGUGGGGGAAAGAAGAUCAAACAUUACUGUGCUUCAGUAAAAUGUAAAAUCUGCCACACUGCAGUAUUCCAGCCAGGUGUUUUCGUUAUUGCUAUGAUUUUACCUUCCAAACUGUUGUAAAAUUUUUCUCAUAAAUCUUCUUUCCAUCAUAACAUUAGUCUUGAAUUUGAAUAUGUUCAAGGUCAGAGUAUGUCUCAAACAUAACAUUUAACAAAUACUUAAUGUGAUAUAAUUAUAGAAUAGAAGGAAAGAAUUAUCCUUACCCUCAAGGCAGUCUCUGAAGGUUUUUCAUGAUGUAUAAUAGAGCUGAAAUAAAAAACUAAUUUAAAUGUUCACUGAGAAUUUGUGGCGUUUAAAUUAAAAUGGAAAUUAUAUAAAGGAAAAUGAUUUUUAAGGAUAUACGUUGAUAUAUCCAGAUUUUCCAUGAUAUAGCUCUCAUCAUCUGCUGCUUAUAUGUGAGCACUUUCUUAAUAACAUAUAGUGCUUGAUACUGCAUUUCACUACAUUGUGACUAUUAAGUGGUUAGUUUUUUCACUUACACCCAUAAAUUUGAUACCAAUUUAAUCAUGAUAAAACAGUUAACUCUUGUUACCUAUGUAUUUUUUAAAACAGAUAUUUAAAAGAAUGUUGCUUUAAGUUAAAAAAUAAAAGAACGUUCAAGGUUUUUAAAAAUACGGAUAUGGAGUAUAUAAUGUAUUCAUGUGUUUUCUAUUGAAGUAUGAAGUAAAAACUUAAAUCUUUAUCAGAAUGAGAAUAUAUCCACUAAAGUGAGCAGCAAUUUCUGGAGAUAUGUGUAGAUGCUGUUCAACAUGCCUCUGCAUAGACAAGCAUUUGUGGUAAAACACAAGUACUGUUCCUUGUGAAAUGGUGGUACGGUUUUCAUUAAGAACAAAAUGACAAUUACCAUAAAAUUCACAGCACAGUUCCACAGUCUGUGUUCCUUUUUACCUUUUUAAUUAUAUUUAAAAGAAAUUCUAUAAUGAUUAAUGUGGCCUUAUAAAGAGUUUCAGGAUGGGUGUAUCACUUUAAUAAGAUGGGAUGCAUGUUUAGUUUUACCUUACACACCUGUUAAGUGAAAAGAUUUAAAAUUUUUUCAAUGGUUAGAGUGCUGCAAAAAUUGCAAUUUCAUCACUCUAAGUUACUAUAUUAGAAAGGAGCAUCUUUCCAUUAUCUUUAUGUUCUGUAAUAUAUCUUUUAAAAGUACAAGAGCUCAUGCAUUCUUAGACUAACUCAGAUGUUUUGUUCUUUUGGAGCUUAAGAAUUGUUUGAUGGCAGUAUUGUAUGUCUGGUGCAUUAGUUUUAUUGGUUCUCAUGUCAUGCUUUUAUGUAAUGUUUAGCAAUUAAUAUUAAGAUAGCUACAGGCAGGCUAUUUCAGCUUCUCUGUACAUCUUAAUAGUGAGUCACUAGUAUUUAGCUUCAAGCCUUAUAAAAAUAUUACCAUAGUUACCUAAGUACGAAGUGUACAGAAAGAAGUACAUGGUAGUACUUAUGAUUAGAUGCAGCAUGUAAAACAAUGUAAUUGAAAAGAUGGCUUGCAUAUUUUGAAAGGGAAAUAGAACAACCUACUUUCUAUGUAGCAUGAAAUAUUUAAUUGAAUUUUUACUGAUUUAUUUUAUGAUCAAAUAUGCUGAAUUUUGAUUGUUGUGUGUUUUUUGUUUUUGACAUAUUAGUAAGUUGCUUUUGCUUCUAUCAACUUAUUUCUUAAAUAAAACAGGUUUGGAGCAGCUUUUAAUUGAUUUUUUUAAAUAAUGAAUUUUUCAUUUAGCAUCAGUUGAAAAGAAAAAUGUGAGCUUUAUUAUAGAAAUAAUACUACUAGGUAUGGAAGAUAAGCUUAUUUACUUCUAUUUUAGCUCUAGUUAAAACAAUAGUGCUAGAAAACUUGAGCAUUUAAUUUCCUUACUUAUUUGUAGAGUAAAAUGAUUAAGAAUUCUGCAAGUAAUUCUAUUUGGGUUAGGUUUGACAGUAGAGAUCUACUGUGAAAGGGGCAAAGUUUGUGGGCUUGGGGUGGAAGGAAUUUCUCAAAGAAAUACAAUACAUACUUUGCCCUUGAUGUUGCAACACCAUGGAAAUAAGUGCCUUAACCUCCUUAUUUCAAAGUUUACUUUUUAUUAUUAAAAAAUUAUCCAUUUCUUUCAUUUUCAUAAGAAAAAUUUGAUAACUUUUCCCUCAUCAUUAAGCACAGAGAAAGAAUCCUCAGUAUACUAUUUUCACUAUUAACUUUAAUUCAUUAGUAACCAAAUCUUUGUUAAAGGUAGUGAUGGGAUUUCUAGCCUGCUAAAUUAAUUUAUUUAGCUUCCCAAAUGCCAAACAAUCCAACAGAUAAAAUUUACUUGAUAAGAUGUAUGAUAUUGACUGUGCUGGUUUAUAUGUUUUCUGACUUUGGCAUCUGUGUUAGACUGGUAGAGUUUUACAACCUAGGGAGUAUGCAUUGCACUUAUAAAUUUUUUUCUUCAUUACUUUCUGAGUAUAUAGACAGCAUGGUUUUUGGGGACAUUAACUCAUAUUGCUAAAAGCCUAAUAUGACACUCUUCCAUACAAUCUAGAUUGACUAAAGGAAAAGUAGAGAUGGAGGUCAAAGUCUGUUACAAGUUGGGGCUGAAAAAUAUGCUUUAAAAGAUAGGGUAUUAAUUUAUUGAACAGCGAACAGCCAUCUUAUUAAACUUUGUUGUUUGAGGGAAAUCAAUUGCUUUUUGCCUUUUUCUAUUUUUGAGCUGUUAAAACAUUUUGAUGCCUUUUGGGGGUAAAAGUAGUAUCUCUCUCUCUCUCUUUUUUUUUUUUAGUAUCUCUCUUUAUAAAAUUAUUGGGUUUUUAAAAGUUGUAGGUAAAUCAGUUUUAUUUGUAAAUAUACUUUAUGUGCAUGAAUAUUUAAAGGGUAUUUAAAUGAACUGUUCUGUGCAUUUAAGAACCUAUUGUAAAACAAACUCGCUACUGCAUCUCAAUCUAUUUUCUCAUUUGUCCAUUUUUUAUUUUUUUGUCCAGUUUUUAAAAUAUACUUUAUUAUUACUGUUUGCUGAUAGUUUUAGAUCCCAAUAUAUAUUAAAAUUACAGCCUGAAAAGUUGCAGUUAAAACUGAACAAUUUCUUAUUGAAAUAAUAGCUCAUUGUUUAGUUUUUGAAUGUAUAAAAUUAGCAAUUUAAAUAAAAUUAGAUGUGAAAAUUGCAAAGGAAUAUAUUUGAUUCAACUAUUUUCCAUCCAUUAAGAUUUCUAAACAAUAUAUUUGUUUUCCAUAAUUUUAAAAAAAGGACAUUUUAGAACCAGAUUUGCUGAAUUUAGCAUAAAGGACUUUCUGAGUCAUUUCUGUUUUGUAAGUCUCUUAGAAUUAGCACAUUCUAAUUUUGGCAAAUAUAAUCUUAUGUGCAGUUUUAUAAGAGAUACAUUGGACAUUUGACUACAAUAGUGGAAUAAUAGCAUCAAAAAGAAACAUGCAUUCCAUACUUCUAAUGUAUGAUAUCUAAUAAAUAACCCCCUUCAUAUUUUAAAUUAAUAGCUUUUGUACAGCUAUUUAACAAAGAUGAAUACAACUGAAUUUUCUUUUUUUUUAAUUUAUUUACUUUUAGUUGAAGGAUAAUUGCUUUAGAAUACUGUGUUGGUUUCUGCUGUACAGUAUCAUGAAUCAACCAUAGGUACACAUACAUCUCCUUCUUAAACUGCCCUCCAACUUCCGCCCAUCCCACCCCUCUGGGUUGUCACAGAGCAUUGGGGUGAACUCCCUGCAUCAUACAGCAAAUUUCCACUGGCUGUCUGUUUUGAUGGCUCAGCUGGUGAAGAAUCUGCUUAAAAUGCAGGAGACCUAGGUUGGGAAAAUCCCCUGGAGAAGGGAACGGGCUACCCACUCCAGUAUUCUGGCCUGGAGAAUUCCACGGACUGUAUAGUCCAUGGUGUGGCCAAAAGUCAGACGUUACUGAGCAACUUUCACUCUCACUUUUGGUCUGUUUCACAUGUGGUGAUGUAUGUGUUUCAGUGCUUCUGUCAGUUUGUGCCACCCUCCUUCCCGUGCUGUGUCCACACAUCUGUUCUCUAUGUCUGACCUCUACUGCUGGACUACAAGCAGGUUCAUCAGUACCAUCUUUCUAGAUUCCCUGUAUGUACAUUCAUGUACUAUAUUUGUUUUUCUCUUUCUGACUUAUAUUCACUCUGUAUAGCAGGCUCUAUGUUCAUCCACCUCUCUAGAACAAACUCAAAUUUGUUCCUUUUUAUGGCUGAGUAAUUACCCAUUAUAUAUAUAUGUAUCACAACUUCUUUUUUUUUUUACAACUUCUUUCUCUGUUCAUCUCUCAAUGAACUUCUAGGUUGCUUCCAUGUCCCAGCUAAUGUAUAUAGUGCUGCAGUGAACCUUGGGGUACAUGUGUCCUUGAGAAUUGUGGUUUUCUCAGGGUAGAUGCCCAGGACUGGGAUUUCUGAGUCAUUUCUGGUCAUUCCUAGUUUUUUAAGAAAUCUCCACACUGUUCUGUAUAGCCACUGUUCUCCAUAAUGGCUGUAUCAAUUUACAUUCCUGCCGCAGUGCAAGAGUUCCCUUUUCUCCACAUCCUCCUCAGCAUUUAUUGUUUGUUGAUUUUUUGAUGAUAGUCAUUCUGACCAGUCUGAGGUGAUAGCUCAUUGUCAUUUUGAUUUGCAUUUCUCUAGUAAUCAGCAUUGUUCAGCAUUUUUUCAUGUGUUUGUUAGCCAUCUAAUACAAUUGAUUUUAUGUAUGUUGACUUUUGAAUGGUGUCUACAACAAUGUAUAUUUAGAUUGUGUUCUUCUGUAACUAACGAUACAUCUUCACAAAAGAAUAAAAGUUAAUUUCAGUAAACAGAAAUCCUUUAAAAAAGUUGGGUUAUAAACUAGUUUAUAAUAUUAAAUGUACUUUUAUCAAGAAUGAAAUUAUUUAUUUCAUGCUUAAUUAUACUCCUUGUUUUGUUUCUAUAAUAAAAUUCUUAGAAUGUUAAGUUGUCUUUUAUUUAUACAUGAAUCUUUUUUGGUUACAGCUUUAUUGAGACAUAAUUUAUAUACCAUACAGUUCACCAUUUAAAGUGUACCAUUGAACAGUUUUUAGUAUAAUCACCGAGUUGUGCAACUGUCAUCACGAUCAAUUUUAGAAUAUUUUCAUCACCCCAAAAAGAAACCUCACACCUUCUGUCUGCCACCCCCAACCACUUCAUCCUCAGGUAACUUCUCCUAAUUUACUUUCUGUCUCUGGACAAAAUGUUCUACUUUUAACAUUUCACAUAAAUGGAAUCACAUAAUAUAUGAUCUUUUGUGACUGACUUCUUUCCUUUAACAUAGUGUUUUCUAAGUUAAUUCAUGUUGUUGCAUGUAUCCCUUUUCCUUGCUAAGUAAUACUCCAUUGUAUGGGCGUACAUUUAUCCAUUCUGUGCACCCAUCCGUUGAUGACAUUUGGGUUGUUUCCACUUUUUUGGCUGUUAUGAAUUAUGCUCUAUGAAUGUUCAUAUACAAGUUUUUAGGUGGACAUACAUUUUCACUUUUUUGGAUAUAUGUCUAGAAUUUUUUAGUCAUAUGAUAACUGUGGUCACUGAGGAACUGCCAGAUUUAUCAAAGUGGCUGUAUUUUACAAUUCUGAUAAUGUAUAAGGUUUCCGAUUUCUCUGCAUCCUCGCCAUCACUUGCUAUUAUCUUUCUUCUUGAUUUAUAGGCAUUCUAGUAAGAUCUGAAGUGGGGCACAUUAUUCUGUUUUUAAUCUGCAUUUUCAUCAUAUCUAAUGAUUUUGAACAUCUUUUCUUGUGUUUACUGGCCGUUUGAAUAUCUUCUUUGGAAUAAUGUUUAUUUAGAAAUUGCCCGUUUUUAAAUUGGGUUGUCUUUUUAUUAUUGAAUUGUAAAGGUGUUUAUAAUUCUAGAUUAUGAAUCCCUUAACAGAUACGUAAUUUGGAAAUACAGUUGUCCCUUGAUAUCCAUGAGGAUUUUGUGCCAGGACCUCACCCUCUCCCCUCAUUGCCCGUGUAUAUCUGAAUCUGUGGACAGAUCCAGGAGACCCAUAGAAGGUCUCUUUAUCCUCAGGUUCUGCAUUUAUGGAUUCAGCCAGCUGCAGAACAUAAACAUAGUACUAUGUUUACUGAAAAUAAAAUCUGCAUAUAAAUGGACCUGCAUAGUUCAAACUCAUGUUUUCAAGGGUCAACUGUAUAGUUGUUGCUUGAUAUCCACUGGGGAAUUGGUUCCAGGAACCAUGCAGAUACCCCAAUCCACAGAUGUUCAAGUAAGUCCCUUGUAUAAAAUAGCAUCAAACAGUCAGCCUUGUGUAUCUGUGGACCCAGCAUCUGCAUACCAAUUAAUCAUGGCUUGGUUGAAUCCAGGGAUGAGGAGCCUGCAGAUAUGGAGGGCCAAUUGUAUUUCCUUCCAAUCAGUGGGUUCAUUUCACUACACUGAUAGUGCACAAAUGCUUUUCAUUUUGAUUGCAUUAUUUUCACACUUGAUGUUAUUGAUAAUAGCAUUUUUACUUUGAUGUGUUUGAAGUAGAUCUCCUUACAUGUAUCUUAUUUGGAAUUUGUUGAGCUUCUUGGUUAUAUACAUUAAGAGUUUUGUUUUAAAUCAAAGUUGUUAAGAUGAAGCUAAAAAAAAUUGAAACUCUUUGAGGUGGUGGAGAUGUUAACUAACCUUACUGUGGUAAUCAUUUUUGCAAUGUGUACUUAUAUAAAAUCACUACAUUAUGCACUUUAAACUCACACAGUGUUGUCAAUUACAUCUCAAUAAAGCUGGGAGGAAAAAAAAAUCAAAGUUGGAACUUAUACUCCCAUUAUACAUA